AUGGCUUCCGUCAUCGACUCUCUCAGCUCACUCAUCUCCUCCAUCUUCCAUGCCUUCACCGCCGCCUUCGGGUCCGUCAUCGCGGUUAUACAAUCUCUCUUUGAUGCGGGCUCCAGCACCAUACAAGCAGGGUCUUCAGCUGCCGGUGGUGCCCUCUCGGGCUUUGCGCAGAUCUUGGAAGGGUUGUCGAAUUUCAUCAUGAACAAUCUUGCCGUUACCACCGCCCUGGUCGCCGCUGUCAUCGGCUAUUCGAUAUACUAUGAGUACAAUCAACGACAAGCUCAACGAGAAGUUGAGCGUGCCGCCGAGGAAAAGCAACAGAAGAUGACUUAG